UCUCAUGCAGCCUAUCGUCUUCCUGCCUUCAGAGCGAUUUUAAUUUUCUCAGUAAAGUGGUCGCUUCGCUGGACUGCAGCAGAUCAGAUCUGAACCAGGACAGGGGCGUCAAUAAGCCAGAUAGCGCGCAUCGCGGCGAGAAGCAGGCUUCUCCAGAUUCACCUCCACGGAUGACCAGCUCCUGGGAAUAUGUACCAGGGCAUUAUGACUACCAACCACGGAUCCUCUUCCUAUGAGGCCGGCUUUCUCCACAACGCCUCGGCGGCCACCUCUCCGGUUUACGUGCCCACCACGCGGGUCGUCACCCCGAUGAUCCCCGCGCUGCAGUACCUCCAGACGCCCGGCGCCUCGCAGCAGGGCAGCCCGGUUUCGAGCCACUCCGUCUGGGCUCAGCCGGGUGCAGACCCGGUGCCCUCCUACAACCACUCCCCGGUGUCUCCGCGCUUCUCCUUCUCCACCAGUCCGCCGCUGUCGUCCGGUGUGGCCACAGCCAGGGAGGCGGUGUCUUACACCAGCCCGCUGAACAUCUCUGCCAACGGAAGGGAGCAUUAUGGUCCGCGGGGCCUCGGCGGCUCGUAUCCCAGUCCCUAUUCGGCCUACAUGAGCCCGAACGUCGGAGGAACGUGGCCGGCGUCCCCCUUCGACAAUCCGGUGCUGCACGGUCUGCAGACCGGCGCGUCUCCUGGCACGACGAGACACCCAAACAUAGAUUUGUUUGAUGACUUUGCUGAGGGACGAGAAUGUGUGAACUGUGGUGCAAUGUCAACUCCCCUCUGGAGGCGCGAUGGCACCGGCCACUACCUGUGCAACGCGUGCGGCCUGUACCACAAGAUGAAUGGCAUUAACAGGCCGCUCAUUAAGCCCCAAAGACGGCUGUCUGCCUCGAGGAGGGUGGGCCUGUCCUGCACAAACUGUCAUACCACCACCACCACCCUGUGGCGACGAAACGCAGAGGGAGAACCCGUCUGCAACGCCUGUGGGCUCUACAUGAAACUCCACGGGGUCCCCCGGCCUCUUGCUAUGAAGAAAGAGGGGAUCCAGACCCGCAAACGCAAACCUAAGAAUUUAAACAAGUCCCAAACAGGAGCUCCAGGCACUGAGGGGGCUCCAGUUACUCCAAGCAGCACUCCCCGCUCCUCUUCCUCUUCCUCUACAACAUCCACCUCCAGCACUGCAGUGGAGCCUCGCCAGAUAAAGACAGAGCCAGAAAAUCACAACUUGUACACACACCACGGCCCGCACACACAAAUUUCAGCCCUACCUGCCUAUAUGGCAGCCCAGGGAGGCGCCAUUCCUCUGAAGAUGUCUCCAGGUGGACACGGUGGAUCCUCCAGCUCCAAAACAGAGCCUUGGAACAACCUAAUUAUGGCUUAGGAGACCUACAGCUCUGCAACUCAAAAAACUACCUAUGUACAGCGUCCUAACAAAACUCUCCAGGAAAUGCUCGAUGCACCGUUUUCUCCAAUCUGGAGCAUCGGUGUCAUGACUGCACACCAAGACACGAUGAGAAGACACCGACUUGGGACAAAGUACAAUUAAACUGGGAUUAUAAAGGAACAUUUUCGAACUCAAACUUUUUCCUACAAAGCCGGUAUGGAAGCACAAACUGCCUAAAAGAUACUGAAACAGUACAUGACACUUGAGAGAAACAUGAGAGACUUAAGUGUAAGUACUGCCUUCAUAGCUUUGGACAUUGUUUUCUGGAUGUUAUGGACAUCCGAAACACAAAUACAGAUCAACUUUGUGACAAAGGUUACAAACCAGAGGUGCCACACCAAGUGUUAUCAGGGUCAGUUUACAGGAAAAUAGUGGAAGGGCAAUAUUUUAUUUCUAGCAAACUUUCAAAUGAUCCAUCUGGGAGACUGUGCUAAUGAUAUAUUAGUAUAAUAUUGUAUUAGCAGGAGAAUAUGUGAAAGCAUUUAACAUUUUAUAUCCUAAAAAAAAAGAUAGAUCAUUAACCUCAACAAUCACAGAGAUAGCCUGAAAUUGUGCUAAGUGAUGAAAAGGGCAGCAACUGUGAUAUUUUCUUGCAUCCCUGAAAAUAAUGUGUAAAAUAAAUCCAUCUUUUAUUACAGUAACAAAAACUCGAUUUAAGGACCUACAUGCAGUUAGCUUAAAAAAAAGACAUUUAAGUCAACUUUUUCAGAGUGGGGAUGUUUCCCAGCUUCACUCACAUCUGGAGCAAAAUAAAUCAUUCUUAGAUUUGAAAGGACUCUCGGAUGAAAAUAUUCCUUCAGACCCACAGUAACAAUUUCAUUGAACCAGAAGCUGUUUUGAGUCCGAAAAUGUUGUAAAACAUGUCUUUAAAUGUUUGAAAAAGUGUCCGUUCAGACAUGGAUAAAAUGUUAAAAUGAGGUUCAGAGAUGGUAAAUCAAAGAAAGAAAUACAUCGCUCCAAAAUAAAUAACUAAAAUAAUUGCAUUUGUUAAGCAUUAAUAUAUUUGUAUUCUUUAGAGUAUGAAACAAGAAAAAAAAAGUCUGGAAAAAAAACAAAUGUAUUCCUUACUUUAUUUGAUUUCACAGCCAGACCUUUGGAAAUUAUAAAAGCAAACUUCACAUUUUUAAAAUCUUUUCAACAGAGGAGGAACCCUGGCUCAUCUAUCAGAAAAGCGAUUGCUACGGUUAUGCAUCACAGCAAUUGUUUAUAAGUAAAGAAGUAACAGCAAAAAUCAUUUAAGAUGCACAGCAUCCAAGAAGAUCUAAAAGUUUUUUAAAAGGAAAACAAAAAUCAGUUAGAAAUUGUGAAACACUCAGCAAAACAACCAAGGCAAAAAUAAAUGAAUACAAACUAUUCCUGUAAAUUCCUCCUACUCUGCCUCAUCCGUCACUCCUCACCCUAAGUAUUACCUCAGCGAAAGUGAAAUACGGCUUAGUGUAACAAGAACUCCUUCGUCGUGGCUCAUUGGCUGUAGUUCCUUAACUGCACGUCACGUCUGAAAAAAAUAAUGAAGACAAACUACCUAAUGAGAGCGUGACAGCAGGCACACAGCUCCCUCUGCUGGCUCAGGAUCAGAUCUGCAUCUGCUAGUCAGUAGCAGAUGCAGAUCUGAGUCAGUAGCAGAUGCAGAUCUGAUCCUUGAAAUGUUUGUGGGAAUCUACAUUAAAAUUCACGUCCUAUUGUAAUGUCGUUAUUGAUGAGUAAACUGUACAGAAUAGUUGCAAUGCUUUCUAAUCUGCUGCUAGCGAGAGAUAACCGGCGUAAAUGUGGCACACUGUCAUAUGUAAUUACAAGAAUGAGAAAUGUACAAGCUUCUGUAAAAACAUCACUCCACUAUAAUCAUAUACUCUGUUAUUUGUGAUAUAUUGUAAGCAAAUGUAAUAAAGGGAAAGCAUUUUGACGUAA